AUGCAUCUUGCCACCCUCAAAUUGGAGCGCCCAUAUCUUCGAGAUGCUCCAUAUCUCCCCAACCAUCUCAAGAAAAUCGCACAAGAUGAAACUCUCAAAUGGUUCCAACGCCAUAGAGAUAAACUCAAUGAGUUUGCGACUAGCAAUGGGAUGGUGACUGGGAUGCUUCGUCCAGAAACCUGGAGCGACCGAGAUUACGGGUGGGAGCCAGUGACCUUGGAGCCUCUCAUAGCGAGACUGCUCAAACUCACAAGAAGUCAACUUCAUGAAUUACAGAAGUGGAAAACUCACCCUCACCUUGGAGACUUAGGUGCUCACGCAUGCCGUAUUCUGGAGAACAUGAAUCAUUCGGCCGCCGUAUCAGUAGCUGCUAAGGUGACAGUAGAAGAAAUCGACAGAAUCCUAAUUUUAAUAGCGUCACGAAACCGCAACUCAUCUAACUCACUUCAAGAACUGGCUGUCAAAUGCAAGGACGACAGGCCCAUUGCCGAGUUGCAUGGAAUUUUCAAUCGACUGAGGCCUCGAGAGAUCAAAUGGCUUACGAGAUUGUUACUGAAAAAUACAGGCUUGGUGGCUGUUCCAGCCGACUUUGGCGUGUCCUCGUAUCAGAGUCAACUUCCGAACUGUGUAACCGUUCGUAUCGAAAUACCUAAACCAACCAUACCUGUCCUUAAGCUCGGAAGCACAGGCACAUUUCGGCUGUCAAAGUCGAACCAGAAGCUACAGCUACUCUCAGGCAAGGCUAUCGAUGUUCCCCAGCAGUCAUCAAAUUCAUCGACAAGCGCCCCAUCGAGGAAAAACAAGGCUCACGCAAAAUGGGAACGUCACAGCAAGCGAAAUAUAAAGAAUGUGAAAAGAGAUAUUUCUAAGCAUAGAUCAUUUUCCACUCUCAUUGACGGGCCAGUCGUCUCAGCUACCUCGAGAUCUACCGUCUUUGACGCAGCAGCUGCUAUUGGGGAGACGCCUACUUGUCGGCCCAGAAAGAGCAGAGAAACAGCAAGACAUGUUUCACCUAAUGCUCUUGUAUUUCAGCGAGGUAUACUUCAAUCCCUUGAGCCGAAUUCGAUCGCUAGCAACCUCUCUACUGGGACUAAUUCUUGUUCGACGCAUAGCCAGAAGUUAACCGUUUGUUCUCAUCAUGUAAGCUUUAGACAGGAAAAUAGCAUCGACUCUACCUUCUUGUCUUCAAGCGAAACGACCCAAAAUACGAACGGAUUGUCUUCCCGAUACGAUGUGUCAUCGCUGCUUGAGCCAUCGACUCUGAAGCCUCAUGAGAAGGUCUCUCGGUCCUGUCAGUCAAAAUGUUCUUUAAUUCUUGACACAAAUGAUUAUAGCCCGAAGGUCAAAAAUGGACCACGUUUGAAGGAACCACAUGUUGCGAGACCAAUUUUACGUACACCGCCGGGUUCGGAAUCCCAAACGUUGUCUUCGUCGAAGAUUGAUCAAAUGUCCAUUCCAACGAAGAGAGGAAUAUUGCAAACGCCACCGAAUUCGCGAGUAAAACGACCGAAACGGGAUUUCUCGCGUGAUGGUGUGGUGCUACAGCCACGAGAGAUUAAUUCCAUGCUAUCCUCCAUAUCACCCGUCUCAGGACUUUCAAGACACACUCACACCGCGAAGCUAGCCGCACAGCCGAACGGCAGUCAGGUUUGCUCACCAAAGAAGGUCGUCGUCACAAAGCCGGUCACCCAUCCACCACAGUCUACGAAGACUUCCGUAACAGCCUCUCCACUGAUCAAAGCAGGGGGCGAGUCCUGUGCCCUUGGCACAGCCACUUGUCCCUUGAUCAAUUGUAUUUUCUUAGUUCCUCCUUCACUGCCUUCCGGGGCCAAGAACCGGCUCAUAUCUAAUCUACUCCCUCGGCACGCCUCUACCUAUCUCACAUCUAUUCCCGAGCUUGCGGAUCCCUCUCUUCCACGGCGAUGUCCCGUCACUGGCAGAAAAUACCGCAAGAUUGUUCUCAUUGAGCCUCGCGAAGUAGAAGAGUCGAAAAGAAUAUUGAUCCAGGUUGAGGGGCUGAAGCUCACCAGAAGCCAGUAUAGGAAGGUGUGGGUUGAAUGUUGCGAUUGGAGGCUACUUGAUGGAAUUGCCAAGAGUGAACAAGAACUCGAAGGCAGUAGUGCCAAUUUGUGGAAACGGUACUGGAUGUGCGCCGUUUGA